GGCCUCCUUUAACCAGAAUGUAAGCUAUGUUAAAGUGGACAUGUUGUCAAGUUGUUGUGGUCGCGUUCUGAAUCUCCUCUUCUACUAAACACUGGCAGAGCUUUCAGCUGAAGCAAAUACGAGUCAUUAGGAGUCUGGACCUAACGGUGGAUUGUUUCAAGUCAUAUUUGAUCCUUUGCUAAGUUCACGUUGCAUUCUCUUGUGCCUUCAGCCAUGCCGACACCUAGGUCCAGGGACGACACCCCAUUGCCCAACUCACCACCUAAUUCAGUAAAUGAUAAAGAAUUAAAGCCUGGCACGAUGAAUCCCACUCCUACCUCCAAGAAAUCCAGCCGCCCCCAUUCCGUCCUCUCCCGUGCACGGACCGUCUCAGCUCACUCACAACCACCUUCCCAGACUGGAGCCGCCGACGGAACGCAAGGAGAAAUGGAUGUGACACCUGAACCCCAGACCAGCCCAGAACCAUGCUCGAGAUUCGCGAGGCUUCAGGUGGCGCCUCUAACGGAGUUUGAGCUCCUGGAGCUGGCCUAUGAACAGGACACAUCACCCAACAAGACAUUCUUGGCCAGUGGCAAUUUUUACAAGGAUGAUGGCACACCCUGGUCGCUGCCGGUGAUACGAACCGUCGAAGCUCAGAUGGCAGAAGAUCUCACCUUGAAUAAAGAAUACACCAAACCAAACAAUGGCUUAAAAGCCUUCACAGACGCAGCUACUCGCAUGCUGUUUGGAGAUGACAGUCCGGCCAUUUUAGAAAACAGGAUCGGAACGUUCCACACACCUGGUGGAACCUCCGCCUUGUACGUUGGUCUACUGGUGCUUAGAAAUGUCUAUGGAUUUACAGACCUUCACAUACCAUAUCCUACAAGAGGCAAAUACGAAGCGAUAGUGGAAGGCAUGGGCUUCGAUAUCAAAUACUACAAAUAUCUCGACGAAGAUAGCCAGUUAUUUGACACGGAGGCGUUCCUUGAUGCUUUAGAGACAGCUGAACAACAGUCUAUCUUUAUCAUCGUGGCCGAUUCUCCCAGCGGGCCUACUUCAGAUGGGUGGGAUGCUAUCACCAAGGUGAUGUGGACGCGUCACCUGCUUCCCUUCUUUCACAUUUCCACGCAGGGCUUGGCCACCGGGAAUGUCUGGUUGGAUACAUACCCCGUCAGGCACUUCGGCAAAGAGGCCAUGGGACUUGAUAUGAUGGUGGCACAGUCCUUCUCCAAGACGUUCGGACUGAGCGGUGAACGUGUUGGCUGCCUCCAUCUUGUCGGGCAGUCACGUGAGAGUGGGGUGAGCAUCAGUGCCAUCACUGAUAGCCUCAUAACGGAUAUGUGGAUGUAUGCCCCUGGUCACGGCUCACGCGUUAUUGCUACCAUCAUCAACAAUGCCGCCUUACGGGCGGAAUGGAAAGACCACGUGAAGACGAUGUCUGACCGUAUACGGCUGAUGAGGCACCUGCUCUACCAGAAGAUGCUGGCCAAUGGCACUCUGUGGAAACACCUUACGUCUCAAAGCGGACUGUUCUCCACGACAGAUUUCACAGAAUCGCAGAUUACAUCUCUCCGAGAGAACCACCACAUCUACAUGGAAACUCAUGGCUUCUUCAACAUGUCCUGCUUGCGGACAUCGACCGUGGACUAUGUGGCCCGAUGCUUUCACGAGGCUGUGCAGGCGAGGGAGGACAUGGAGGAGGAAAUGGCCAGGCAGAUGGAGGACGACCGUAGGGGUGGUGCAUCGGGCGCUUCAUCGCAGUCGUAGGAACGACUUCCCGGAGAAAGCUUCGAAUUAUUAGGGCUGUCAUUAUAACUGCGGUACAGAUUUGGCUAUAAUCGGUCGAUCGGAGGAUCUUCGCUUACAAUUUAUUCUGUAGGUUGAUGUACUGUCAGCUGUAAAUAUAUAAUACGGUGUUUUGUAGUGCAGCAGGACAUUGGGCUAGUGUAUAAAAGGUGACCCAGAAAAAAAGCGACUUGCCUAUUUCAAGUUGACAUAUAUCUUGUUAAAUGUUAUAACUAAUGAUGACGCCGAAUGAACAAUUUCGGUGCUGCUACAGUCAAUACUUCAGAACGGAGUCGAAUUUCUCAGUGGAUAAGUUUCAUUUCUGAGAUUUUUCGUAGUGUACUUUUCAGAUGUUUUUAUUAUAUGUCACAAACUCGCACAGUGACGAAAUUUAAAAUAAAAAAUCAGACACUGGAAUCGAUCGAAUGCCGCCAUCGUGGAUAUCGGGUGCAUAAAAUACGUAAUACCUGGAACGACAAUUUAUUUCACUCAAGUCGUUUUAUUAAGAUUACGACACAUUGAGGUACUAAAAUACAAUCAAAAAUACAUAUUAAAUACAUAUUAAAAAAUACACAACUAUACGAUAUGAUAAAUAAUCGGUAAAACAUGAGUCUGCUACAAUACCUAGACUAAUGUGGAGGCAUGCAGUACCUUUUCCUGGCCUUUAUUAAGCAAUGAUCACAGUUGUAUUUUCAUUAUCAAUGUUCAUAAGCGAACCUUGUCUCCCCUAGUGGGAAUCCUGCCCAAAGUAACUCUUCAAUAUCUCCUGUCUUAACUCUUCCAACCUUAUACAGUUACAUUCACACAGAAAGUGUAUCACAUCGCCAAUGCGAUUUGCUUCACAUUUACCAUAGCUUCGAUUUAUUUGUUCACAUUUUUUGUUGGCAACGUGUAAGGAUCCAAUCUGAACUCCAGUGAUUGCAGCAACUAUUCUGGGAGAUAAGAAAGGUAUUUUUCAAAACAAUGACGCUGUUUUAGAGGGGGAUUAUAGGCAGGAGCAGAGGGGCUAAUUUGGCCAUCUUCAGGUGACUAAUAUACACACUAGGGGCGCUGGGUCAUGUCAGAUUAAGCACUAAAUAUAUUCCUCGUACAGACGUGAAUCAUUUCGACCUACUGUGAGACGUGAGAGACCCCUAUUGGUGUAUUUUGUAACUUUAUCUUGCCUGCCUAGCUGCUGCCUAUAUUGUCCCUUUAAAAUCUACAAUACAUUAGAAAGUUACCAUAAGUGCAAAUUUUGUAAAUAUUGCUCCUCAAGGAUACAUUUCACCUUUUCACUCAGUCAGUUUGUAUUUCUCACUCCCUGGUCUAGCCAAAGGAACGAAGUCAGCGCCUCGAUUGUCAAGAUUUCUCUUUAGAUUCAACCAAACUUCUCGGCAAGUCAGUGUUGACAAUGAAUGUUGAGAAGCUUUUGGUGAAACUAUACGAUGCGCUCCAGAUAACGAGGAUGACGGAAACCAUAUCAGUGCUGGGUCACUCGAUUCGAGUGUAUUCUGCGGUGCUGGAAAACAUUAGCCGUAGAAGUGUUCCCUGGCAAGUGGGAUGUCUGCUAGUGACAGAAGCGCUAGAGUUCGAGAAGGUGGCUACUGCUUUAAUAAAACCUAUGCGUAAAUAAUUGUGGUCAAUUGGCACUGAUUGUGGUCGAUCGCGUCCAGGAUAUGGUGGUGGACUCUCUGAGGGUCAUCCUAAACAGCGUCCACCAGCGUCCACCAGGUUUCAAAGUUAUCCAAAUUAUAUUUUCUUGACAUAAAU